AUAGUACAUAAACACAAACAGUACAUAUUACAGUGAGGAGGCUACCGUCAUCCAAACACCAACCCCACUAUAGCGAGCAGAACGCAUUUGUAAUGGAGGGAAUAAGCAACGGUCCUUUUGUCAUUAUAUGUUUCACAGCCAGUCUUUUUCCACUUCAGGGAAGUACCUUUAACCUGGAUCUGAUUAAUUAUCAUGAAUUUUCUGGGCCUAAAGGAAGUUACUUUGGUUUUUCUGUGGACUUUUUGAAGGCAAAGAACCAAAAAGUAAGUAUUGUAGUAGGAGCACCAAGAGAUGAUGUAGGACCUUCCACUGGUGGUUCUGUCUUCCACUGUCCCUGGAAUUCACUCAAACAAGUGUGUGAAAAACUGAACUUCGACCAAUCAGAUGAUGUAAACAUCACAUUUAGUAAAACUCUACUUACAACCCAUAAAUCUAACCAGUGGUUGGGAGCCACGGUUCGAACCUACAACAGCUUUAUCUUGGCCUGUGCUCCAUUAUUCCACUGGAAUGUGUUUCGGGACAAUGAUGAGGCCACGAACACACCAGUGGGAAACUGCCAGUUACUAAACAUGCAAACUGGAAUGGUAGCAAACUAUGCCCCAUGUAGGGGAUAUGAAGUGGAAGAUUUUUACAUGAAAAGAAACGGCUAUCAAGACAGGCGCUACUGUGAGGCAGGAUUUAGCGCCGACAUCACUGAGGAUGGUAGAGUAGUUCUUGGUGCUCCUGGCGGAUUUUACUUCCAAGGUCAGAUCAUUACUGCACCUGUGGAGUACAUCAUGUCAAGUGGCAGGAUUUUCAGUCCAGUACACAAUGUAAUAGCAGAAAAAGCAACAAAUGAAAUGAUGUACCAUUAUGACAUUUAUCUGGGCUUCUCUGUGGCAAUAGGUCAUUUCAAUGCUGACAAAAUCCCAGACUAUGUAGCCAGUGUCCCACUUGAUCUAGACUCUGCUGGUUCUGUCAGAAUCUUUAGUGGAGAUUCUUAUGCCUACCCCAGAUUCAUGAUGGCUUUAAAGGGCUUUCAAGUAGCUUCCUAUUUUGGCCACUGUGUUGCUGUGACUGACAUAAACAAUGAUGGGAGGGAUGACAUCCUGGUAGGCGCACCUCUGUUUAUGGAGCAUUUGUCCACACAUAAGUUGCGUGAGGUAGGCCAGGUGUACGUUUACCUGCAGAAGGAAGGUUAUCGCUUUUCCCCAAAGCCGGUGCAAACUUUAUCAGGCACUCAUACUUAUGGACGUUUCGGCAUCACCGUUGCUUCUUUGGGAGACAUCAACUAUGAUGGCUUCGAUGAUGUGGCAGUAGGGGCACCAGGCGCUGGCGAAGGGGGUUUGGUGUUCAUCUAUAUGGGAAAGAGUGAUGGUUUGAACCCGCAAUAUGUGCAAGUCAUUAAGAGCCCUUUCCAGUCUCUCACUUCAGGAUUUGGUUUUAGCAUAAGAGGAGGCACAGACAUCGACAACAAUGGAUAUCCAGGUUUUUAUUUUGAAAAUGUUAUUGUUGGUGCAUGGGGAGCUGAUAAAGUGGCUGUAUACAGGUCAAAAGCUGUAAUAAACACCAAAGCUCAGCUUUCUUUCCAACCUGAUUUCCUACAUCCUGAUGAUAAAUUCUGUCAGAUGGAUGGCAAUCCCAUUUCCUGCUUUAAUAUCAUGCUGUGCAUUACUGUGUCUGGGCACAAAAUACCAGAGGAGAUUGUGUUGAACACAGAGAUACAGCUGGAUAAACUAAAGCUAAAUAUGGCGAGACGGACCCUCCUUUUGGAAUCUCAUCAUCCAUACAGCCACUUUCAGUUGACCAUUAGCAGAGACAAAGGAACAUUUUGUAAGAAUCUCACUGCAUACUUACUGUCAGAGAUCAAGGACAAGUUGAGCCCAAUCUUUAUCUCAAUUAACUAUAGCUUGGCCAACACCCAAGAAGCAAUGCUACAUGGACAAACUGUAGUAGUUGGUCAGACACGGAUUGUUCUUGACUGCGGUGAUGAUAAUAUCUGCAUCCCUGAAUUGAAGCUUGAGGCCAAGGCACGCACAGAUCCUCUCCUAAUUGGGGAUGAUAACCCAGCUCUCCUGAUCAUCACUGCUGAGAAUCAUGGUGAAGGAGCAUAUGAGACAGAACUGUAUGUCCAGCUUCCACCUGAUACCCACUAUCAGGGUGUGCUAAGUGAUGAGAAGGGCUUCACUGAACUUCUUUGCAGUCCAAAGAAAGAUAAUGGUUCCGUUAUUGUGGUGUGUGAACUGGGCAACCCAAUGAAAGCUAACCAGAUGAUCAUGGCUGGGCUGUAUUUCAGCAUGGGUGGACUGGAGGAGGUUGAGACCCAUGUGUCCUUCUUUUUUCAAAUUAAAAGUAAGAACAGUCAGAACCCAGACAGCAAUGCAGUGGAAGUGAAGAUCAAUGUUCAGGCUGCGGCUUUGCUGGAGAUGCGGGGAGUGUCCUCUCCUACUGAGUGCGUGCUGCCAAUUGCCAAAUGGAAUCCAAACCACCCCCCCCAGACUUUGGAUGAUAUCGGCCCCCUCGUAGAGCAUGUUUAUGAGUUAAGAAAUAAAGGGCCAAGUGCAGUCAGUGCCAAGUUGCAGAUACGUUUCCCAGUGCAGCAGAAUGGCUCUUAUGUGUUCUAUGUGUUCGCCAACGUUUCAGAUGAACUCCUGACGUGCAGCACAAACUUUUCUCAAAUUGAUCUGCUCUGGCUUGACACAGGAAAUACCAUUGACACCACUUUGGCUCCUGUUCACCAUUUUAACAAACGGGAGGUGGAGGAACAGGAGGAGCCUGUUCAGCAUCACAGAGCAACUGUGCAAGUGAAUUGUGCCACAGAUCCGUGUAUGGAGUUCAGUUGUGAGGCUCCAGUUUUACAGAGAGACGCCAGAGCUGUAGUGAGAGUGGCGGCCCGCCUGUGGGUCAAUUACUACUUACAAAGUCCUUAUGUAAACUAUGUCCUCUUAUCAACUGCUCACUAUGAGGUAGUAAGCACACUGUCCAAGAUCCAGCCAAAAUUCUUGCUCAGUGGACAAGCAAAGACAAACACCAGCGUGAUUUGGAGGUCUCCUGAUAACCAUAAGGAAGUGCCACUUCGGUGGAUUGUGGUGUCCAUAUUGGCUGGCUUCUUGCUCCUCGCUUUGUUAAGCAUCAUCUUCUGGAAGAUGGGAUUUUUCAAGCGCAACCGUCCACCAGCUGAUAAUGACUGUGAUGAUCCCACUCACGAGCUGAAAGAAGAGCAAUCUGAGUAUGUUGAUGUUUCAUUAAACGAUAAGUCCUGAAAAUGAUCACAACAAAUACAAAUCAUAAACCAAAUGUUACAUUUAAUUAUGAAAUGUGUGUCUUGCUAUUCACAUUAACACUUUCAUUUUAUUGGUUUAGUCAACUUUUUACCAAAGUGUUGAAUUCUCAAUUUUGAAUGUGUUUAUUAUUAUUUUUUAUACUAGCAGCUUGGACAGUAGAUCUGACUGCCGCUUACUAAAGCCCUACCGAACAGACAUUAGAGAUAUGUGUAACAAAAUAUUAUGUAAUUGUAGACAUAUUGAAGUCUGUGAGGAGGCCUUUUUUGUAUCAAUUUUCCUGAAUUCUGUAAUGUCAGCUUUUUGUAAAAAAUUACAAAUAACAUUAAAUAACAUUAGUUCUAUGUCUAAAUAAAUAAAUGAAUAUGUCACAUCAGACUAAUCUGGUUUAUUUUGUUGCUGAAUUGUUUUAAUUCAAGAUUUAAUAAUUAUAUAAUAACGAAAUAAUAAUGAUACAAACAAUAAUUAGUUAUAAUGGUAAAUCAGUCAAUAAUAAUAUAAUAAUACAGGUUGGUGUCUUCAGGGGGACAAAUUAUGUUUUAUUCAAGAAUAUUGUUUUAUGGACCCUGGUUAUGGGGGAACAUUGCUUCAUUUCACUGUACUGUACUUUAUAUAGUUUAAAUGACAAUAAAAGAGUACUCGUG